AUGGCGCUAAGAAAACGCUCUUGUUUUGGUAGCGAUGGGUGUCCAAGAAAAUGUGUCUGUGAACACGGAAACUCUGUGCGAUGCUUCAGGGUGCAGGUUGUCCCAUCAGCCGUUUCUAAAGGCACACGGAAGCUAAACCUGGGAUACAGCCAGCUGAAGGAGCUGAAGGGCAAAGAUUUCUCCAGUCUGACAAAUCUUGAGGAGAUUGUUGUGUCCUCAUGUGGAGUGGAAGUGGUGGAGACUGACACUUUCAAGCAGCAAGGUCUCCUAAAAACUCUGGAACUCGCCAAAAACAAGCUGACGGACAUCCCAUGUGGUCUCCCCCACAGCCUGGAGGUUCUCAACCUGGGCAAUAACAGAAUCCAGAGCAUCCAAGACUCAUGUUUUGAGGGCUUGCGAAAACUGCGGGUACUGGACCUCCAAAAGAACUUGAUCAACAGCCUUUGGGGCAGCACUCUUAUUUCACUGGUGAAGCUGGAGUUUCUGCACCUGGAUGGCAAUGGUAUCGAGACAGUACAGGGCUCUCUCAGGCUCCCGCUGCUCAAAUUGCUGAGCCUAGCAGAUAACAAGAUAUCCUCUUUGCCCCCAUUUUGUCUUGCACCUUUGAUGGCCCUGACCACAUUGCAAUUGCAGGGAAACCUCCUCACAAGAGUGCCACAAGACCUCCCUCGGUCCUUGAUCUCCCUGAACCUGAACCAGAACCAAAUAAAGGUGCUGAAGACCAGAGAGCUGGGCCACUUGAGGCGCCUCACAAAGCUCUCAGUGUCCCAGAACAGACUGGCCUCUGUGGACGGGAAUCUGCGUCUGCCCAACCUGACCACUUUGGAGCUGUGGGGAAACCAGCUGCGGGUGGUCCCAGGCAGACUGGCCCCCAGGCUGGAGACCCUGGACUGCAAGCAGAAUUCCAUCCAGGAAGUCACACAUUAUCACCUGUGUGGCCUGAGGCACUUGAGACACCUGUUCCUGGAGAACAACACCAUCCAGCACUUUGAGGCUAUCGCUCUGAAGAACUGCAUCCAACUAACCAACCUGGCCUUGGAGCAGAACCUACUUUCAACAAUCCCAGAGGGGCUCCCAGAAUCCUUGGUGCGUUUGGACCUGAAGGGGAACUGCAUUGAGACCAUCCGCAAGCAGGAGGUACGCCCCCUUAAGCGCCUCCAGGUGCUCAACUUGCGAAAUAACAGACUGUCUUCCCUGGACCACUCUACUGUGGAACUGCUGCCUGAGCUCAGGAAGCUCUUCCUGGAUGGAAACCCUUGGAACUGCAGUUGUGAGCUCCUCAGGGUCAAACGGAGCCUCCUUGCCAGGAGAGUGGAGAUCCGAACGGAGCUGUGCGAUGGGUCAGCCCACCCACCAGGAGACGACUGGCGGGCCCACCUGAGGGCUCAGAACAUAUGUGAGGACUACCUCCGGCAAACAGCUCCAGCCAUCCAAGGGCAGAGCUCCAUGCCCAUCGAUCACACAGACCAUGAAGAGUAUUACGACUAUGAUUCCCUGGUAUAG